AUGUCGUUCUGGGCAGUGAGUCGCGGCCUGACGCCGCCUUCAAAGGUGGUGCCCAUGCUGAAUCCCAACCAGCGGCAGUUUCUGGAGGACGAAGUACGUUACCGCGAAAAGCUUAAACUAAUGGCGCGUGGCGAUGCCAUGGAAGAGGUGUACGUUCGCAAGCAGGAGACUGUGGACGAUCCCCUCGAACUGGACAAACACGACUCGUUUUACCAGACCACAAAGAGCCUGUUGGUGCUCUUCCAGAUAAUGGGCGUGAUGCCCAUUCACCGCAAUCCGCCGGAAAAGAAUCUACCUCGGACGGGCUACUCCUGGGGCUCCAAGCAGGUCAUGUGGGCCAUCUUCAUCUACAGCUGCCAAACGACCAUUGUGGUGCUGGUGCUGCGCGAGCGGGUGAAGAAGUUCGUCACCAGCCCGGACAAACGAUUCGACGAGGCCAUCUACAAUGUGAUUUUCAUCAGCCUGCUCUUCACCAACUUUCUGCUCCCGGUGGCCAGUUGGCGACAUGGACCGCAGGUGGCCAUCUUCAAGAACAUGUGGACCAACUAUCAGUACAAGUUCUUCAAGACCACUGGCUCGCCGAUCGUCUUUCCGAAUCUCUACCCGCUCACUUGGUCGCUGUGUGUCUUCUCCUGGCUGCUGAGCAUCGCCAUCAACCUGUCCCAGUACUUCCUGCAGCCAGACUUCCGGCUGUGGUACACGUUUGCCUACUACCCCAUCAUCGCCAUGCUCAACUGCUUCUGCAGCCUGUGGUACAUAAACUGCAACGCAUUCGGUACCGCCAGUCGCGCCCUCUCGGAUGCUUUGCAGACGACCAUCCGGGGCGAAAAGCCUGCCCAAAAGCUGACCGAAUACCGCCAUUUGUGGGUUGACCUCAGCCACAUGAUGCAGCAGCUGGGGCGAGCGUACUCAAACAUGUACGGCAUGUACUGCCUGGUCAUCUUCUUCACCACGAUCAUCGCCACUUACGGGAGCAUCAGCGAAAUUAUCGACCACGGAGCCACCUACAAGGAGGUGGGUCUGUUCGUCAUCGUUUUCUACUGCAUGGGCCUGCUGUAUAUCAUUUGCAACGAGGCGCACUACGCUUCCAGGAAGGUUGGCCUAGAUUUCCAGACGAAGCUGCUCAACAUCAACCUGACCGCCGUAGACGCAGCCACCCAAAAGGAGGUGGAAAUGUUGCUUGUGGCGAUCAACAAGAAUCCGCCCAUAAUGAAUCUGGACGGGUAUGCUAACAUCAACCGGGAGCUGAUCACCACCAACAUCUCGUUCAUGGCCACCUACCUAGUGGUGCUGUUGCAGUUUAAGAUCACCGAGCAGAGGCGCAUUGGCCAACAGCAUUCUUAA